CACAAGAAUCUUUCCUUUUUUCCACACAAAUUCAACUCCAGGGGAGAAGACCCAAACACCCCAAAAAAAAAAAAAAAGAAAGACAAAAGGAAAGAAGGCCCCGAAUGAAUUCUUGCUCAGGAAGAAGGCCGAGAAUCAUGGCUUCCUCUUUGUCAUUACCUCAAAAUACCAUCACCGACAUACUCUCUAGAUUACCGGUCAAGUCCCUGACCCGAUUUAAAUUAGUUUCCAAAAACUGGGCCCACCUCACCUCCACUCCUGCUUUCAUCGCCGCCCAUCUCCGCCGCUCAUCUUCCGACCCAUCUCUUCUCAUCCGCCGCUACCGAAUCCAAAACGGUUCGGAAUUUGGUUUCUGGCUGAUCACUAACCCGACUCGAAAGUUCCGCAGCCAGCUCUUGGAUUUCCCCUCGGAUGAAUCACUACUUCGGUUGCCGAAAAUCGUGGGUUCCGUCGACGGUUUGGUUUGUCUCGAUGUUUCCCCUUGUUAUGCUUCUGAUUUUGUUUUGUGGAACCCUGGGACUAAGCAAUUUAAACACCUCCCUUUUCCCUUGAUUACGUCCUCCAAAAGUAACCCUAUUUGGUUGGUCUUUCUUGGGUUCGGCUUUGAUUCUUUCAACAAUGAUUAUAAACUAGUCAGGAUCGUUUCUUUUAAAAGAAAUGAUGCGUCGCCAUUCUUGAGGGUUGAAGUUUAUUCUUGGAGGGAAGGGGUUUGGAAAGAAAUAGAAGAAAGUUUCGACUCAACUCUGUUAUGUGGAGUACCGGAGGGGGUGGUUGUUGAUGGUAGUUUGAAUUGGCUAGCCAUUGGAUUGCAAGAUUUCGCUGAUCGAAAGUUUGUUAUUUCCUUUGACAUGGGAAGAGAGGUGUUUAAGAGAAUAGCAUUGCCAGCCGUUACUCGAUUUGGUAAUGUUAAAGUUAUGUCUUACAUGGGAUUGUUGGCUAUUGCUGUAUAUCCUCUAGUUUUUGCUGCUAAUGGUAUUAAUAUGAAUCGGUUCGAGUUUUGGGUCCAGAGUGAUGGUGAAGAUGGGUCGAAACAUUGGACUAGAAUGGUUGCGAUUGAGAAUUUUUCAAAGACUUUGGUUCCAAUGGGAACAUGGAGAGAUCGUGAAGUGGUAAUUAAACAUAUAGGAGUUAACGAUAGAGAGAACUAUCCAAGUCUUUUGUUGUAUGAUCCUGUUGAUGAAGGGACGAAAAGGCUUCCAGUUGAUGGUGUUGAUUUCUGUGUAGAAGGUUACAGUUAUGUGGAGAGCUUGGUUUCAGUCAAUGAAGAAGCUAAGAUGGUAGUGGAGCAAAAGCAUUCCAGAAAUUAGGAAAACUUUGGAUUUUCGUGAGUACAAUGCAGAAUGGUUGUCUCCCAAAAAAAUUGAUGGCGCUUUGGACAGGAGGACAUAGUAGCUUAAUACGCAUAGGUCACUUGCCAACUGUACCUGCUCAAUUCCUGAAGGUUUGGGCUGCGUUAUUCAUAAUUGUCUUUAAGGCAUAAAAUUUUGACAGGGGAAACCUACUGCUUUUAUUUGCUGCUACAAACUUAGCCCUAUAUACUUUUUCAUGUUAUUAAUUAGUAUGUCGAUUUAGGACCAAGCAUUUGAUUUAGUGGUUACUACAUAAUUCCCUUGCUAAAAGAGGAAAAUUCAAAUUCCCUCCCUUAAAUCCAAAAGCAAAUAAAUAAAUUUGUAUGUCAUAAUAACAACUGGUAAAUGAUUUGUGCAUUGUCAUUUCAUUGACAUUUCUCUU